AUGGACGUCAUCCCGUGCCGCGGCGGCAAGGUCUGCAGCCCGUUCGUGGCCCGGGACGAGGCCGGCAGCGACGCCAUCUACUACGUGUCGGCCGAGACAGGCGAGGUAUUCCAGCUCCAGCCGCCGGACGCGCACACGGCCGUCGUCUUCUCUGGCGGCGAGCCGUUCGGAGCCCAGUUCGACCACCGCGGACGUCUGCACGUGGCUGACUGCGCCCAUGCAGCCAUCCUCCGGGUGGACGACGCCGCGCAGCCUGGCGUGAUGGUCAAGGCGUACGAGGACCGGGCGUUCCGAGGCCCGAACGGCAUCGCGUUCGCCCAGGACGACACUCUCUUCUUCACAGACAGCGGGUCGCUGGGCGAAACGACGCUCGAGAAGCCGCGGGGCAGCGUCUUCUGCAUCGCGUCCAGCCCCAGCGGCGGCCAAGUGCUGCGUCCUCUCGUGAUGGAGUGCCUGGCGCACCCGUGGGGCAUCGCCGUCUCGCCGGAUACUGGCGCGCUGUUCGUGGCGGAGACCAUGCAGAACCGAGUGUUGAUCCUGCAGCAGCGACCCAGCAACGCCUACCACGCAAGCGUCUUUUACCAGUUCUCUGGCGGGAUGGGUCCGUCCGGUGUGGCUUGUGCUGCGGAUGGCACUCUGUAUGUCGGUCACUACGAUUUUUCAGGAGGCAGUACUAGCAACGGGAAAGUCUCCACUAUUGGUUCAGACGGUAUUUUGAAGCAAACUAUGGAGAUCCCAGGGACAGAAAUCACCGGAGUCUGUCUAAGCGCCGACGAAAGCUAUUUAAUAGUCACGGAAGCAUCCACCAACUCGAUUCAUCGACUCCCACUUCGGUGA